CUCGAUUUAGAAGUUCUAGUACAACAGUUAGGUUUCAUUGAAUAAUACGACACACUUGCGAAAGACUCAAUUCGUAUUCUCCAAGGUUAUCCUUGUAGCGUCUGUCAGUUUAGAAAUAGUAUAGUUUUGGAUUUAUUUUCUUGUCAUAUUGAAAUAUCAUCAUCCAUGCUUUGCUCCCUUAAAGAAGACUUGAAAUCCCUAGAAAUUAUACUAGCUAGCACUUCAACACGUCGAAAAGAAAUACUCGGAAACAUUGGUCUAAAAUUCUCCUCUGUUUGUCCUGAUGUUGAAGAGUCACUGCCUUCAGAAAACUUUCAAUCAAUACCAGCUCAUAUCGAAGCCAUAGCUAAACUUAAAGUGGAUGCAGUGGUGAACACUUUGGAUAUCAGUAAACGUAACUAUGUAGUCAUAGGAGCAGAUACUGUGGUAUGUUUUGAAGGUUGUAUUUUUGGAAAACCAUCAAGUCACGUGGAUGCUGUAAAUACACUUAGUCGUUUGAGUGGGAACGUUCACCAAGUGAUAACCGGUGUAUGUUUAAAGUGGAUUGUAUCUGGGAAAGAACAGAAAAUUGAUCAAUUUCAUGAAGUAACUAAUGUAAAGAUGAUUGAAUUAAGUCCUCUCAUUAUUGAGGGAUAUGUUCAGUCUGGAGAGCCAAUGGAUAAAGCUGGAGCUUAUGGUAUUCAGGGGUUAGGUUCAAGUUUAAUUGAGCGAAUCGAUGGAGAUUAUUUCAGUGUUGUUGGUUUACCAGUCUGUCGACUUUGCAAGUACUUAAAAGCUGGAUGUGAAGAAAUAGUGUCUAAAUUGUUAGACACAGAAUUUUUAUCCAGUCGAGUAGAUGUUCCCGAGAAAUAACUUAAAUUUAUUUAUUCAUUCUGGUGUGAUCCAGUUUAACACAUUGUCAUGAAUGACCCGUCUAUUUUUCGACUGUGUAUUCAAACUCUAUUUUCUUUUGAUUGUCAAUAAUCCCCUUGAAACAUCUAUGUCUUCCGACUUCCUGUAAUCUUGUUCUUAUUUGCUUGUCUGAAUUAAGCUCAUUCUCUCCUUACUUCUGACGAUGUAAUUGGUGUCUGAACGCCUAACUAUUCACGGUUGUAAAUGAUAGUAAUUCU